GGCGGCCGCCCGGUUUCCCGCCGGGGCCCCGGGGGCUGCCCCUCAUCGGUAACAUCUACUCGCUGGCCGCGGAGCAGCCGCAUGUCUAUAUGAAGAGGCAGAGCCAAGUCCAUGGCCAGGGGUCUGGACUGAGAGCUGGCCUGACCAGAGGGCUAGGACACAGAUGCAGCAGACCAAUGUGGAACCAGGACUCAGGUGUACACUAGAGAGGAAGAGUCCCUGAAAUGCUGCGUCCUGACAUGGAGGGGCAUUUUUAUGAUUUUCAGUCUUGAUCUUGGAGGUAUAUCUGCUAUUGUACUGAAUGGUUAUGAUGCUGUAAAAGAAUGCCUGGUUCAUCAAAGUGAAGUUUUUGCAGACAGACCAUCUCUUCCAUUGUUCAAGAAGCUGACAAAUAUGGGAGGUUUAUUGAACUCUAGAUACGGUAGAGGCUGGACAGAGCAUCGCAAGUUAGCUGUAAGCAGCUUUCGUUGUUUUGGAUAUGGUCAAAGGUCCUUCGAACACAAAAUUUCAGAAGAAUCCAUGUUUUUUCUUGAUGCCAUUGAUACAUACAAAGGCAGACCCUUUGAUCUUAAACCCUUGAUAACAAAUGCAGUCUCAAACAUUACUAAUUUGAUUAUCUUUGGAGAACGUUUUACAUAUGAAGACACUGAAUUUCAGCACAUGAUAGAUAUUUUUAGUGAAAACAUUGAAUUAGUUGCUAGUGCUUCAGUGUUCUUGUAUAAUUCUUUUCCCUGGAUUGGCAUAUUACCCUUUGGAAAACAUCAACAACUGUUUAAGAAUGCAGCUGAAGUCUAUAAUUUUUUGCUUAAACUUAUUGAGCGUGUCUCUAAAAAGAGGAGGCCUCAGUCACCUCAACAUUUCAUUGAUGCAUAUUUAGAUGAAAUGGAUCAAAGUGAAAAUGAUCCAGAGUCUACAUAUUCAACCAAAAAUUUAAUUUUCUCUGUUGGAGAACUUAUCAUCGCUGGAACAGAAACCACAACAAAUGUUUUAAGAUGGGCAGUAUUGUUUAUGGCUCUUUAUCCGAACAUUCAAGGGCAAGUUCAUAAAGAAAUUGAUUUAGUCGUGGGCCCAAACAAAACACCUUCUUUAGACGAGAAAUGCAAAAUGCCUUACACUGAAGCAGUUCUACAUGAAAUUUUAAGGUUCUGUAACAUAGCUCCGUUAGGUAUUUUCCAUGCAACUUCUAAGGAUACAGUUGUGCGUGGUUAUUCUAUCCCUGAAGGCACUACAAUAAUUACAAACCUCUAUUCUGUACACUUUGAUGAAAAGUACUGGAGUAACCCAGAAGUGUUUUAUCCUGAACGGUUUUUGGACAGCAGUGGGCAGUUCAUCAAGAAAGAUGCAUUUGUUCCUUUUUCACUAGGAAGAAGACAUUGUCUUGGAGAACAACUGGCCAGGAUGGAAAUGUUUUUGUUUUUUACUUCAUUACUUCAGCGGUUUCACCUGCAUUUUCCACAUGCUUUGAUUCCAAAUCUGAAGCCAAAAUUAGGCAUGACAUUACAACCACAGCCAUAUCUCAUCUGUGCUGAAAGACGUUAAAGCAUAUAGGCCUAACUCUCAGCUGGUGUAAACUGGAAUAGCUCCACUGAAUAAAUGGAGCUGCACCAAUUUACAGCAGCUGAGUAUCUGGCCCCAUCUUUUAUUUACAACUAUCUUGUUGAUAGUCUUACCAAAAGAACAAGAAUUGUAAACACUCUCUGGUAAAGGACUUACACACAAGUUUUGUCUUAUACAUACACUUUUAGGUAUUUCAAGCACUUGUAUGUAAUUUUCACAAAAAAGACAUUAAUACUUUUCAUGUGCUUAUAGAUUCUAUUCUCACUUCAAAAAUCUAGAUCAGGUUCCAUUUCUCAUUUCA